UAGCCCGACCGGGACUUGAACCCUGGUCCAGUGACUGUCAAGCCAACAGCGUAAACCCCAACGCCAAGAGGUCCGAACCACUUGAUGAGGUCGUUAGGUGUUGGGUUAAGGUCUCUACAUUACCCCCUUCCUUUGGUUCUCUCCCUCUUCCUUUCCCCCUGCCCCUCAGAGCCCAUGAGAAGGAGAUGAGUAUCCCAGAUUACAUGCAGUGUGCUGAGGACCAUCAGACGGUCUUGGUGGUGGUCCAACCAGUGGGCAUCGUUCCCGAGGACGAAUUCUUCAGGAUCUACAAACGCAUUGCCUCUGUGGCCCAGGUGUCCAUCCGGGACUCCCAGAGGAACCUCUAUAUCCGUUACCGUCACCACUACCUCCCUGAGAACAACGAGUGGGGAGACUUCCAGACACACCGCAAGGUGGUGGGCCUCAUCUCCGUGACGACCUGUGGUUCAGCUAAAGAGUGGCCCCAAACGUCGGACCGUUUCCACAGCCAGAAGGAUGUGUUCGGAGCCACGCUGUACGACUCCCGGCUCCUGGUGUUCGGGUUGCAGGGGGAGAUAGCAGAGCAGCAGAGGACGGAUGUGGCUUUCUACUCUAGCUAUGAUGACUGUCCCGAUGUGGAGAAGAGGGUGGAGGACUUUGUGGAGUCCAUCUUCAUUGUGCUGGAGUCCAAGAGGCUGGAUAGAGCCACAGACAAGUCUGGGGAUAAGAUACCACUGCUUUGUGUUCCCUUUGAGAAGAAAGACUUUGUGGGGCUGGACACUGAUAGCAGGCACUAUAAGAAGCGUUGCCAGGGCCGUAUGAGGAAGCACGUUGGGGACCUGUGUUUGCAGGCAAGCAUGUUGCAGGAUGCCCUGGUUCACUAUCACAUGGCAGUGGAGCUGCUCCGCUCCGUCAAUGACUUCCUGUGGCUCGGGGCUGCGUUAGAGGGCCUGUGUUCAGCCUCUGUUAUCUUCCACUACCCUGGAGGAACAGCAGGGAAGGCUUCUGGACGUGAACGCAGCCUGGCACGGGGCCAGGGCCAAGCAGCCGACGCAGGGAAGAGACACCGGCCAGGGGCGCAGGAGGUACUCAUAGACCCAGGUGCACUCACAGCUAAUGGGAUCAGUGCAGACACCAGCAGUGAAAUCGGUCGGGCCAAGAACUGCCUGAGCCCUGAAGACAUCAUAGAGAAAUACAAGGAGGCCAUCUCCUACUAUGGCAAGUAUAAGAAUGCAGGCGUGAUAGAGCUGGAAGCGUGUGUGAAGGCAGUCAGGGUGCUAGCCAUUCAGAAGAGGGCCAUGGAAGCCUCAGAGUUCCUCCAGAAUGCUGUCUACAUCAACCUGGGACAGCUGUCUGAGGAAGAGAAGAUCCAGCGUUACAGCAUCCUCUCUGAGCUCUACCACCUGAUUGGUUUCCACCGUAAAUCAGCCUUCUUCAAGCGGGUAGCAGCCAUGCAGUGUGUGGCCCCCACCAUCCCAGAGCCUGGCUGGAGGGCCUGCUACAAGCUGCUGCUGGAGACCCUGCCUGGAUACAGCCUCUGUUUGGACCACAAAGACUUCAGCAAAGGUCCCCACCGUGGCUGGGCGGCGGUACAGGUGCGUCUGCUCCAUGAGCUGGUCUACGCAUCCCGUCGUAUGGGAAACCCCGGCCUGUCCGUCCGCCACCUCUCGUUUCUGCUCCAGACCAUGCUGGACUUCCUCUCGGACCAAGAGAAGAAGGAGGUGACUCAGAGUCUGGAGAACUACACGUCUAAAUGUCCAGGAGGAAUGGAGGUUAUCACCCUGCCUGAUGGACUCAAACUGCCCCCAGUACCGUUAAGCAAGCUUCCCAUCGUCAGAUCAGUGAAGCUGCUGGAUCUGCCCGUCAGCCUGCGCCCCCACAAGCAGAAAGGCCUUCUGGAAAACAACAUGUCCUCCAAGAGUCCCUUCAUCUACUCUCCCAUCAUCAUGCACACCAGAGGAGAGGAGCGCAACAAGAAGAUAGAGUUCCGGUGGGUCCAGGGAGAUGUGUGUGAGGUCCAGCUGAUGGUCUACAACCCCAUGCCCUUUGAACUCCGCGUGGAGCACAUGGGUUUGCUGACGUCAGGCGUGGAGUUUGAGUCCCUGCCUGCCGCCCUGUCUCUCCCUGCGGAGUCUGGGCUCUACCCCGUCACCCUGGUGGGGGUCCCACGCACCGCAGGCAACAUCAACGUCAACGGCUACCACACGUCAGUGUUCGGUGUGACCAGUGACUGUCUCCUGGAGGGUCUACCCAGUGUGAGGACCAGUGGCUGUAUGGUGGAGGUCAUUCCAUCAUUACCCCGUCUCCAGCUCAGUACCUCUCUACCACGGUCAGCCCACCCCCUCCGGCCCUCUAAAGAGGAGUUGUCCAGCAGUGUGUCUGUUCAGCUCUUUAACGGAGAGACACAGCGGCUGACCAUCACUCUGGAGAACAUCGGCGCUGAAGACUUGGAGACACUGGAGGUCACCUCCAAGACCUGCAAUACUAAAGAGAAGUUGUUUGGAGAGUUCCUGAGCUGGGACCUAGAGGAGGCUGUGUCUGAGCUGCCUCUGAAGCCAGGCCAGUCUGUCACCCUCACCGUCAACGUCAAAGUCAGACUGGACUUCUCUGGAGGAGAGAACCUGCUACAGGACCUCAACGACGAUGGGAUCAGUGUGACAGGCCUUCCCAUCUCCAGCCCCCUGAGACAAGUCCUCAAACCCCGGGCCGAGACCAAGCCCCUGGGCAGCGAGUCCAGCAAGACAGACUACAACCACGUCAAGACGUUGGAAGCUGUGAUGACCUUUAAGUACUCUGGGGGAGCAGGCAAGGUGGAGGGCUACUAUCGGGACCUGUCCCUGGGAGUGCAUGUUGACGUAGAACCCUCUGUGUUCUUCACCAGAGUCAGCACACUACCAGCCACCAGAACCCGUCAGUGCCACCUGCUGCUGGACGUGUUCAACUCAACAGAACAUGAGCUGACGGUCAGCGCCAUCAACAACCAGGACCUGGUGCUGCACCCCUCAGAGUGUCAGAGGAUGGCGAUCCAGGUGGCUAAGUUUGACUUUCACACAUUGCCCCAGCCGGACCAGGAGGCCGUGCGCUACACCAACCCCAAACUACUGGAGGAGGAGAGGCUUCAAUGCCAGGCCUCCAUGAUCAACAGCACCCUGGGCAUCACCUGGAACAUCCCGUCUCUGCGUCGCCAGGGAGAAGCCAGUGUGGAGGGAGUUCUCAACCAGUUGGUCCUCGAGCACCUGCAGCUGGCACCUCUACAGUGGGACGUGGUGGUGAACGGGAAACCAUGUGAUUGUGACAUCAUCGCUGACUGUAAGGUGGGCGACGCUGUGCCAUUGGAGGUGAAACUGACCAAUCGUAGUAAGAACGCGGUCGGACCGUUCGCCCUGACCGUGGUUCCCUUCCAGGACUACCAGAACGGAGUUCAGAACUAUGACCUGCAGGACGCAGUCACCUUCAUAGGAUCUAACACCUUCUACAUAGACACGGUGAACCCCACAGAGAACUCUGUGUGUAUGGGAGCCCUCCUGUUCCUCUACACUGGAGAUUUCUACCUCAACAUCAAGUUCCAGGAUGACAGUGCUGGCCACGGCAAGGAACUGCCCCCAUCCUGGUUUGGCCUGCCCAGCGUACACAUCAAAGCCCUGGAGGUGCCUAUCGAGGCUGGGGCAUAGAGCCUGGCACUCUAUACAUGAAUAUCAAAUGUAUUUUUCUCGAUUUCUUUCAUCAUUCUCCUUGGAAAAUAUAGGUUCGACCAUUUUCUGAACAUCACUGAAGGCAUGGGUAGAUGGAUGGGUAGAUGGAUGGGUAGGUAGAUGGGUAGAUGGAUGGGUAGAUGGAUGGGUGGGUAGAUGGAUGGAUGGAUGGAUGGAUGGGUGGAUGGGUAGAUGGAUGGGUAGGUAGAUGGGUAGAUGGAUGGGUAGGUAGAUGGAUGGGUAGAUGGAUGGGUAGAUGGAUGGAUGGAUGGGUGGAUGGGUAGAUGGAUGGGUAGGUAGAUGGGUAGAUGGAUGGGUAGGUAGAUGGAUGGGUAGAUGGAUGGGUAGAUGGAUGGAUGGAUGGAUGGAUGGAUGGAUGGAUGGAUGGAUGGAUGGAUGGAUGGGUAGAUGGGUAGAUGGAUGGAUGGAUGGAUGGAUGGGUAGAUGGGUAGAUGGAUGGGUAGGUGGAUGGGUAGAUGGAUGGGUAGUUGGAUGGGUAGAUGGAUGGGUAGGUAGAUGGAUGGAUGGAUGGAUGGAUGGGUAGAUGGAUGGGUAGUUGGAUGGGUAGAUGGAUGGGUAGGUAGAUGGAUGGAUGGAUGGAUGGAUGGGUAGAUGGAUGGGUAGGUAGAUGGGUAGAUGGAUGGGUAGAUGGAUGGGUAGGUAGAUGUGUAGAUGGAUGGGUAGAUGGAUGGGUAGAUGGAGCACUCGAAGCGAGUGCAGUGGGACGAGGACGCAACGGACUAAAUAUUCUAGCGGUUAGCUGAUGUCACUCAAUAAUUUGCAAUAACUCGGUUUGAGGUAUUUGUGUGUACUCUAUGUUAAAGCAUGAAGGAUACAGUAGGUCUUACUGGAUUUGGAAAUCACCUUUUGAAUCAUUUUAUGAAUUUCAGCACCAUGAAAUCAGUCAUCGAAAUGUAUCAGUCAUAAUGGAGGUUUUGUGAAAAGAUCAUAAGGUCUCCUCUUUCCUGCUUUUCACUCAACUUACCAGGGAUAGAGCGCAUCAUACCAUCCUGAUGGGCUCCAAAUGGCAGUGGUGAAAAGUACCCACAUGUCAUACUAUAGUAAAAGUAAAGAUACCUUAAUAGAAAAUGACUCAAGUAAAAGGGAAAAUCCUCCAGUAAAAUAUUACUUGAGUAAAAGUCUAAAAGUAUUUGGUCUUAAAUAUACUUAAGUAUUAAAAGUAAAUGUGAUUGCUAAAAUAUACUUAAGUAUUGAUAGAAUAAAUCAUUUUAAAACAUCUCUAUAUUACGCAAACCAUACGGCACCAUUUUCUUGUUUUUUUUAUUUACUGAUAGCCAGGGGCAGACCCCAACACUCAGACAUCAUUUACAAGCAAAGCAUUUGUAUUUAGUGAGUCUGCCAGAUCAGAGGCAGUAGGGAUGACCAGGGAUAUUCUCUUGAUAAGUGUGUGACUUUGACCAUUUUUCUGUCCUGCUAAGCAUUCAAAAUGUAACGAGUACUUUUAAGGUGUCAGAGAAAAUGUAUUUUUUUAUUUUAUUUUACAAUGUAGUCCAGUAAAAGUAAAAGUUGUCAAAAAUAUAAAUAGUUAAGUACAGAUACCCCAAAUAUUACUUAAGUAGUACUUUAAAGUAUUUUUACUUAAGUACUUUACACCACUGCCAAAUGGAAAAGGGUGUCAAGUUCUCUGUUAUUAUGUGUCCAAUCCUUCCCUGAGCAGCAGAGUAGAGACACUCUCAUGUGAACAUGAUUAUCAAGCAGCAUCCUCCUGGGUAUAUGAUUCUGUCUGUAUGUAAAUGAUAUCAUAUAUUUUGACAAGCACAGUGUAUUAUUCUACCACAUGAAUCCGCAAUCACCUCUAUUGAUUUGUGGUUUCUGCUUUAGCAAUUAGCUUGAUUCGCUGUUGUCUCUCUCUCUCUCUCUCUCUCUCUCUCUGCGUGACUGUAAACAUGGAUUUUUACUGCUGAACUUGUAUAUUUGGGCCUCUGUAUCUCCCUGUCCAUAAAAUCCUACAAUACAUGUAAAUAAAUGUUGAGUUGAGACAA